AUGGAUUCUUACGAUGAUAUGAAUCGUGUUUUAAUCACAGAUGAUGUUGAUUCACAAUGUGUUGAUAUGUUAGUAGCUAAUGGAUUUUCAGUUGAAAAAGAUAUUAAAUUAGCUAAACAACCACAAGAACAAUUAAUUAAACGUGUUCAAGAAGUCGAUAUUUUAAUUGUUCGAAGUGCAACUAAAGUAACAAGUGCUGUUAUUGAAGGAUCACCACGUUUAAAAUUAAUUGGACGAGCUGGUACAGGAACAGAUAAUAUUGAUACAGAAGCUGCAACUCGUCAUGGAAUUUUAGUUAUGAAUACUCCAGGUGGAAAUACUCUUUCAGCAGCAGAACAUACAUGUGCUUUGAUUUGUUCAUUAGCUAGAAGUAUUCCAAAUGCUUGUAGUUCAUUAAAAUCAGGUGCAUGGCAACGAUCAACAUUUAUGGGUGAAGAAUUAAAUGGAAAAACAUUAGCAAUUAUAGGUUUAGGUAGAAUUGGACGAGAAGUUGCUAAACGUAUGCAAUCAUUUAAUAUGAAAACAAUUGGAUAUGAUCCAAUUAUAACUGGUGAACAGAGUAUAACAUUUGGAGUAGAAUUUUUUGAAUUAAAAGAUAUUUGGUCAUUAGCUGAUUAUAUAACAGUACAUGUUCCACUUAUGCAAGGAACUCAUCAUUUAAUCAAUAAUGAAGUAUUAUCAGUAUGUAGACGAGGUGUUAAAUUAGUAAAUGUAGCACGUGGUGGAAUAAUUGAUGAAAAAGCCUUACUUGAUGCUUUAAAUUCUGGUCAAUGUGGUGGUGCAGCACUUGAUGUAUUUGAAGAAGAACCACCAACUGAUUUAAAACUUAUUCAACAUCCAUCAGUUAUUUGUACACCUCAUUUAGGUGCAAAUACUCGUGAAGCUCAAAAACGUGUAGCUAUUGAAUUAGCUCAACAAAUAAUUGAUUUUAAACAAGGACAUUCAUUAAUUGGUGUUGUUAAUGGUUCAGCAGUGACAUCUCAAUUUGGACAAGGUAAUCGACCUAUUUUAUUACUUAGUAAACGAUUAGGACAAAUUGUUGGAGCAUCAUCUACAUCAACUCCAACUCAAAUAUCACUUUCAUUUAAUCACACAGUCUCAAGUCAUUUAUUUGAGGCACUUGCAAUUUAUUUUUCUUAUGGAUAUUUACAUGAAAAAGGAAAUGAUCGUGUUAAUUUUGUUAAUGCUCGUCAUUUAUUCGAAGUUAAAAUGGAAAUGGUUGUUGAUAAAAAUCAAGGAUUAAAUAAUGUCUUAGUUGUUCGUAUUUCAGGUGAUAAUGAAAUCAAUGAAUUAUCGGGUAUUGUUUCUGGUGAUCAUUUAUGGUUAGAUAGUGUUAAUCAAUGUCGUUUCAUUGCUCAUGUACCACUUGAUAAUGAAAAAACUCGUAUCUUAGUUCAAUCAAUUAACGGAUCAUUUGUGGAUUAUCUUCAUGACAAUACAUCAAAAUUUAAUAAACGUAUAUCAGCUGUAUUUGAUACAGUAACACCAACAGGAAAUAAUCAAGAAAAACGUUGGAGUGCAUUACUUUUAUAG